UACGUCGUGUGCUCUUCCGAACACUAAAUACUUUCAGGCGGCUUAUGUAUCAGAAGGAAUUUGACUCAAGCUAUGUGGGAUUCACGGAAGAUGGAGCAGAUUGGCUAGUGAAGAACACCGACAUCAAGCUUGUAGGAAUCGAUUACCUAUCUGUUGCUGCUUUCGACCACUUGAUUCCAGCUCACCUUGUUUUUCUUGAAGGAAGGGAAAUCAUUAUCGUGGAAGGCCUGAAGCUUGAUGAUGUGGCAACAGGAAUAUAUACAGUCCAUUGCUUACCUCUUAGGUUGGCUGGUGCUGAGGGAUCACCCAUAAGAUGCAUCCUCAUCAAAUAAUAAGAGUGACUUUGAGUAGGUUUGCACAUUUUGUUUUUUAAAUAUGCUGACAUCAGUGGUUUAUGCUUGAAAAUGGCAGUCGUCGGAAGAGCAUGAAAUUGAAUGUAGCUUUCUUAAAUAUGCGUAGCUUGGAACGAAAUAAAUACGAAGUGGUUUCCACGUGCAGCUAGAUAGUACUACUACAGUAACGUUUAGCAACGUGCAUAAACGCUCCUGUAAAUCAUUUCAAAAAAAAAGCAGCAUGGAUAUGAAGUAUAAUAUUCGAUGAAAGUAUUACAAAUGACAAUGAUUGAAACGCACUUUUAAACA